UACAUUCCAGUUGGGCCUGUAUUUGCGUUCUAAUAUUUUUACAAGUCUCUGAUAUUAUAAAUAAAACACCGAUUUUCUUAAAAAUUCGGUUUUAGGCGAUAGAAAUCGGUUAUCCGCUUAAGCUGACCGAGUUGCCUAAAUUCGCGGCGGCUUGCUUCCAAUCAGCGCCUAGUCGGCCGAUUAUUUGAACACAGAAUAAAAUAACAAAAAAACAUGUCAUUUUUUAGUCGUGUAACGGAGAUUAACUAAAAGGCCCCAACAGAAAGAGUCCAUUAAAAAAUUUCAAAGCCUCGUCUCUCCAUCACCGUCUCCUUCCUCCUUUCUCUCUCAGUCUCUUUCGCUGUAGCACUCACGAAGGGUUUAUCUCCCAGUGAGUUUUUGAUGAUGCGAAAGCUGGUGGUCUCCUGUUUUCUCCGUUCUAGAUCCUCCUUGCAUCUAUCAACACCACCACCUGAAAGGUCCGUGCUUUUCUCUCUUCUGGGUUCUUCUAUCAAAACCGGAAACAUCUCUCCUCAAAUUAGCUAUUCGAGGAAUUCAUUCUGUUCUACGACUUUGUUAAACCCAUCAAUUGAAAUCACCCGUAUAAAAAGUGUUUCAGAAGAUCAAUCACUAUCCUAUCACAAGGGAAAUGAUAUUAGAACAACGGGUUCUAAUCAUGUGGUUGGAAUCCUCCACGAAGCAAUAAUGGUGAAUCUGAAUGCGUUUGAUGAUAUGGAGAAAGCCCUUGAUGAAUCCGGCGUCGAUCUGACAACUCCGGUGGUAUGCAAGAUCUUACAAAGGCUUCAAUACGAGGAAAAAACGGCUUUUCGGUUCUUCACUUGGGCUGGACACCAAGAACAUUACUCACACGAGCCUUCUACUUACAAUGAGAUGAUUGAUAUAUUGUCAAGCACCAAGUACAAGACCAAGCAGUUUAGGAUUGUGAUUGAUAUGUUGGAUUACAUGAAGAGAAACAACAAAACCUCUGUUCCAACGGAUCUUCUGCUGGAGAUUCUCAGAAAGUACUGCGAGAGGUACCUGACUCAUGUGCAGAAAUUCGCCAAGAGGAAACGGAUCAGAGUGAAGACGCAGCCGGAGAUUAAUGCUUUCAAUAUGCUUCUUGAUGCUCUGUGCAAGUGUGGUCUUGUCAAGGAUGCUGAAGCUUUGCUUAAAAGGAUGAGGCACAAAGUUAAACCUGAUGCGAAUACAUUCAAUGUCUUGUUCUUUGGGUGCUGCAGAGUCAGAGACCCGAAAAAGGCUAUGAAGCUACUCGAAGAGAUGAUACAAGCCGGUCAUAAGCCGGAAAAUUUCACAUACUGUGCUGCUAUUGACGCCUUUUGCCAAGCUGGAAUGGUGGAUGAUGCGGCUGAGUUGUUCGAGUUCAUGAUGACCAAAGGCUCUACGGUUUCUGCUCCAACAGCAAAGACUUUUGCUUUGAUGAUUGUGGCUCUGGCAAGGAAUGAUAAAUCAGAGGAAUGCUUUGAGCUUAUCGGGCGUAUGAUAAGCACGGGUUGUCUUCCCGAUGUGUCAACGUACAAAGAAGUGAUUGAAGGUAUGUGUACGGCUGGAAAAGUUGAGGAAGCGUACAAGUUCUUGGAUGAGAUGAGCAAUAAAGGUUACCCUCCUGAUAUAGUCACUUACAAUUGCUUUCUUAGGGUACUGUGUGAGAGUAGAAAGAGCGAUGAAGCACUUAAACUCUAUGGGAGAAUGAUUGAGACGCGUUGUGCUCCUAGCGUCCAAACAUACAACAUGUUGAUAUCUAUGUUUUUCGAAAUGGAUGAUCCUGAUGCAGCAUUCAAUACAUGGAAAGAAAUGGACGAAAGAGGCUGUGGUCAGGACAUUGAGACCUACUGUGCUAUGAUCAAUGGGCUUUUCGACUGUCACAGAGGUAAAGAGGCGUGUUUUCUUCUGGAUGAGGUUGUGGAUAAAGGAACGAAGCUGCCUUAUCGAGCCUUUGACUCUUUUUUGAUGCGCCUGUCUGAGGUUGGUAACCUCAAGGCAAUCCAAAAGCUUUCUGAGCAUAUGAAGAAGUUUUACAAUCAUAGUAUGGCUAGACGUUUUGCACUUGGUGAGAAGAGAAAAAGUACAAAGCUGAGAGGGAAGUAAUGGGCAAUGAUUUUCUGGACCAAGAAUCAUUUGUCUCAGAAGCAAAGAGACCUAUCAAAUGGUUAAGCUGGUGUCUUUGGGGAUGCUUUCACAGCACAUCGUAUGUUCUGAAGUUAUUGUAUUGACUAUUGUGUACAUAGAGCAUUAUGUUUUGUAUGAUCGUUAAUAGAUGUGAGAGCUCUGCUUUCUUCAUGAUUCA